GAAGAGGGCGGAAAGUGAAGGGCCCAGAGCGCCUCUCUGUCCCCGAUCUAACUCAGUUCUCGACUGCUCCGGGCCGGCGUGGUAUUGUGGGAUCGCGGCGCCUGGCCUGCCUGAGACGCUCGCAUCCGCAGGGGCGUCCACUCGAGAGCGCCUCCUGUCGUCCGUAAGGCUGCCCUGCCAUUCCUCGGCCCCCCAACUCCUCCCGCCCCCCCAUCCCCUCCUCCUCCAUCCUCCAGUUCAAAAUGGCGACGGCGGCGGCGGCGGCGGCGGCGGCGGCAGCGGCGAUGGCUCCUCCGGGCUGCCCGGGUUCGUGCCCCAACUUCGCCGUAGUCUGCUCCUUCUUGGAACGCUACGGGCCGCUGCUGGACCUGCCCGAGUUGCCGUUCCCAGAGCUGGAGCGGGUGCUGCAGGCGCCGCCGCCGGACAUCGGCAACGGAGAAGUACCAAAAGAAUUGGUGGAGCUCCACUUGAAGUUGAUGAGGAAGAUUGGCAAAUCCGUUACAGCAGACAGAUGGGAAAAAUACCUGAUCAAGAUAUGCCAAGAGUUUAACAGUACCUGGGCAUGGGAGAUGGAGAAGAAAGGCUAUCUUGAAAUGAGUGUUGAGUGCAAACUAGCACUCUUAAAGUAUCUCUGUGAAUGUCAGUUUGAUGACAAUCUUAAAUUCAAGAAUAUAAUUAAUGAAGAGGAUGCUGAUACUAUGCGUCUCCAGCCAAUUGGGCGAGACAAAGAUGGCCUCAUGUACUGGUACCAGUUGGAUCAAGACCACAAUGUCAGAAUGUACAUAGAAGAACAAGAUGAUCAAGAUGGCUCUUCUUGGAAAUGCAUUGUCAGAAAUCGAAACGAGUUGGCUGAGACUCUUGCGCUCCUGAAAGCACAAAUUGACCCUGUCCUGUUGAAAAACUCUAGCCGACAGGAAGACUCUUCCCAGGAAAGCCCCACCCUAGAGGAUGAGGAGACUAAAAAAGAGGAAGAAACACCUAAACAAGAGGACUCGAAGGAAAAUGGAAGGCCAAAAGGUGAUGAGCAGCCCGUGGAUCCCAUAAAGCAUUCUGUGGCCAAUGUUCUAGAAGAGACACCUGUGAAAAUUGAAAGAGAAGAUGAAAAGGAGCUUAAGAAACUGCCUGUCAUUGUAAAGCUCGAAAAACCUUUGCCAGACACUGAGGAAAAAAAGAUUGUCAGAGAGGAAAGUGAUUCCUUCAAGGAAAAUGUCAAACCCAUUAAAGUAGAAACAAAAGAAAGCAGAGUGGACUCCAAAGAUGUCAAAGGCAGCUCCGAGAGACUGGGUGCACAGGAGCCGGAGCGAGUGGAAUUUGGUGGCAACGUCAGAUCUUCUCAAGACGUUACAGAGAAAUCUUCUGAGGAAACAGAGAAGCUUAAAAACGACCAGCAAGCCAAGAUACCACUAAAAAAACGUGAAAUUAAGUUGAGUGAUGAUUUUGACAGACCUUUAUGCAAGUCAACUACUCCAACAAAAGAGUUUUUGAAAGAUGAAAUAAAACAGGAGGAAGAGACUUGUAAACGGGUCUCCACCAUCAGUGCUUUGAGUCAGGAAGGGAAACAACUAGUGAAUGGAGAAGUUAGCGAUGACAAGGUCCCGCCACAUUGUAAGACAGAACAAAUGGAAAGCCAGCUUUGUGAUACAAAGGAAGAUGGCUUUACCAUCCUCUCUAAGGAUGGGAUUUCUGUCACGGAGGGAGAUGGCACCGAGGCUUUCAGUUCUGUCAUAGCAAGCACAAAAAUAAGUGAUCUUGAGAAAGAAGCCCCCCUAGGAAAGGCUCUAGAUAGCUCCAUAUCUGUCUUAGAGAGGCACAGUCAGAAAGGAAGAGUAGAGGAGUCUGGGUCUCCAAACAUGGAAAUGCCUCUUGAGCCUCUGGAGAUAGCAACAGAUCUCUCUUUAAAACCCGCUUUGUCUGUCACUGACUCCUGCACUGCGAAAGUUGAAGAGAGGGCCCCCAAAAGUAAGAGUGAGAACCACCAAGCAGGCACAGAAUGCCUGGAGAAGGUGGAAAGGGCCAGAAAGGCUGCUGGUGAGAAGGAAAGACUGAGUCCAAUUCCCGAAGAAGUUGUAAGGAGUCCUCUAGAAUCAGAAAAGCCAGAUCCUUGUGAAGGGGCUGAGGCUUCCCUCCUACCCGAGAUGACUGGCCCCACAGAGAAACUGGCCUCAGGAAAAAAAGGUGUAGAAUGUCUAAGUAGAGGUUCAAGUGAAGGUCAGUCCCUUGAAAACGAAAGCCCAGGAAUUCUAGAAAAGGAUUCUGAGUCCAUGAAGGUGGAAGUGGCCAGUCUGGAGAAGGUCCAGGCCUCUGGCACGGAGGACACUUCAGAGACAAAGAGCUCCAUGCCGAAGAGCAAAUUCAAAUAUAAGUUAGUUCCUGAAGGAGACAGCACUGCUUCAGAAAACACAGAGAUCACCUCCGAAAGGCAGAAGGAAGGCAUCAAGUUGACAAUUCGGAUAUCUAGUCGGAAGAAGAAGCCGGAUUGUCCCCCACAAAUUGUAGACUCUGAGAGCAAGGAAGAGAAGGUGGGGAAGGAAGAAGAGAAAACCAGCGUGGGCCGGACUUUAAGAAGGUCUCCAAGAAUAUCCAGACCCACAGCAAAAGUAGCUGAGAUCAGAGACCAGAAAGCUGAGAAAAAAAGAGGAGAAGGAGAAGAUGGAGUGGAGGAAGAACCAUCAGCUUUGCAGAGAACAGACAAGAAGGAACACUUGAAGAAAACAGAGAAGGAUACAAAUUCUAAAGUGAGCAAGGUAAAACCCAAAGGCAAAGUUCGGUGGACUGGUUCUCGGACACGCGGCCGGUGGAAAUAUUCCAGCAAUGAUGACAGUGAAGGGUCUGAGAGUGAAAAAUCCUCUGCAGCCUCAGAAGAGGAGCAAGGGAAGGAGAGCCAAGAAGCUGUCCUUCCAGAUGAUGAUGAACCAUGCAAAAAAUGUGGCCUUCCGAACCAUCCAGAACUAAUUCUUCUGUGCGAUUCUUGUGACAGUGGAUACCAUACUGCCUGCCUCCGCCCUCCUCUGAUGAUCAUCCCUGAUGGAGAAUGGUUCUGCCCUCCUUGCCAGCAUAAACUACUGUGUGAAAAAUUAGAAGAACAGUUGCAAGAUUUGGAUGUUGCCUUAAAGAAGAAAGAGCGUGCAGAGCGAAGGAAAGAACGUUUGGUGUAUGUUGGUAUCAGUAUUGAAAACAUCAUUCCUCCACAAGAGCCAGAUUUUUCUGAAGAUCAAGAAGAAAAGAAAAAAGAUUCAAAAAAAUCCAAAGCAAACUUACUUGAAAGGAGAUCAACAAGAACAAGGAAAUGUAUAAGCUACAGAUUUGAUGAGUUUGAUGAAGCAAUUGAUGAAGCUAUAGAAGAUGAUAUCAAGGAGGCUGAUGGAGGGGGAGUUGGCCGAGGAAAAGAUAUCUCCACCAUUACAGGUCACCGUGGGAAAGACAUUUCUACCAUUUUGGAUGAAGAACGAAAGGAAAAUAAACGGCCCCAGAGGGCAGCUGCUGCUCGCAGGAAGAAACGCCGGCGACUUAAUGACCUUGAUAGUGAUAGCAACCUAGAUGAGGAAGAGAGUGAGGAUGAAUUCAAGAUCAGUGACGGAUCUCAGGAUGAGUUUGUUGUGUCUGAUGAAAACCCAGAUGAAAGUGAAGAAGAUCCACCAUCUAAUGAGGACAGUGAGACAGACUUCUGUAGCCGAAGACUGAGGCGGCAUCCUUCUCGGCCCAUGAGGCAAAGCAGGCGUCUGCGGAGAAAGACCCCAAAGAAAAAGUACUCUGAUGAUGAUGAAGAGGAAGAAGAGUCUGAGGAGAACAGUAGAGACUCUGAAAGUGACUUUAGUGAAGACUUUAGUGAUGAUUUUGUAGAAACCCGGCGAAGGCGAUCAAGAAGGAACCAGAAAAGACAAAUUAAUUACAAAGAAGAAUCAGAAAGUGAUGGUUCCCAGAAAAGUAUACGACGAGGUAAAGAAAUCCGACGAGUUCACAAGCGCAGGCUCUCCAGCUCGGAGAGUGAAGAGAGCUAUAUGUCCAAGAACUCUGAAGAUGAAGAGCUGACAAAAGAAUCAAAGAGGUCUGUUCGAAAACGGGGCCGAAGCACAGAUGAAUAUUCAGAAGCAGAUGAGGAUGAUGAAGAGGAAGGCAAACCAUCCCGCAAGCGGCUACACCGUAUUGAGACGGAUGACGAGAGCUGUGACAAUGCUCGUGGAGAUGCAGAACAGCCUGCCCCUGACAGCCAGCCCAGGGUCCUGCCCUCAGAGCAGGAGAGCAGCAAGAAGCCCUAUCGGAUAGAAAGUGAUGAGGAAGAGGACUUUGAAAACGUGGGCAAAGUAGGGAGCCCAUUGGACUACAGCUUAGUGGACUUGCCUUCCACCAAUGGACAGAGCCCUGGCAAAGCCAUUGAGAACUUGAUGGGCAAGCCAACUGAAAAGUCCCAGACCCCCAAGGACAACGGCACGGCCAGUGCAAGUCUAGCCCCGAAUGGGACAAGUGGUGGUCAGGAGGUGGGGGCGCCGGAAGAGGAUGAAGAUGAGCUUCUGCGAGUGACUGACCUUGUUGAUUAUGUCUGUAACAGUGAACAGUUAUAAGACUUCUUUCCAUUUUGUGCUAAUUUAUUCCACGGUAGCUCUCACACCAGCGGGCCAGUUAGUAAAAGCUGUUUAAUUUUUCCUAGAAAACUCCACUACAGAACGACUUUUUAGAAGAAAAAUUUCAACGAAUCCCAAAGUCUUUCUGUGAAGUGACCAGUUUUGAACUUUGAAGAUUAAUAAUUGCUGUAAAUUCCUUUUGAUUUUCUUUUUCCAAGUUCAUGGUCCUUGGUAAUUUCAUUCAUGGGAAAAAAUCUUAUUAUAAUAACAACAAAGAUUUGUAUAUUUUUGACUUUAUAUUUCCUGAGCUCUCCUGACUUUGUGAAAAGGGUGGAUAUGAAUGCAUUCCAAAUCUGUGAGGGCCCAAACAUAAUUUAGGGUGGGAGAAAGCACUUGGGCUUUAGCUUUUCAUAUUAAAUAUAUAUUAUAUUUAAACAUUCAUGGUAUAGAUGAUGAUUAACAAACUGUUCAAAAGUUCAAGUCUGUACUGUUGCAGUUUGAGAAUUGUAGAUACAACAUCGUACAUACGUCACUUAGUAAUAGCCUUCGUGAAAUCAAUUUGUUUACUAUUGGAGUUACCAUUACCACACUUUAAAUAAAGAAGAGACCAUGGAAGUACCAUCAUAAAA